AUAUAGAAUAAAGAGGGAGAAAAAGAUAUGGUAAGAGAGAGCAUGUAUGAGCAUACACGUCUGUCUUUCUCUUUCUCUCUUUCUCUCUUUCUCUCUACGUAAGCGGGAAGGCAAUAUGGCGCGCGCGGGCGCGCGUAAAUACGUGAUUGGUGGGGGAAAAGAGGGAGAACCAAGAGACGGAGCGCGCGUAAGUGAUGAUGAGAGGAAAAGAGGAGGAGGAGGAGGAGGAGCCAAGUUCCCGCGGAUUCCCUCGGUCUACUGUGUGACACGUAGUAACUACUUUGUGAAUCUCUAAGUCGUUUAGAAGAGUGAAUGUGCCGCCGACCGAUAAGCUUGGGAAUCCGCGCAUCGUUCGACCUACAAUCGUUUAUCGAUGUUGGAUCCAAGUGUAUUGACGGAUUUAGAGAAGCUGACGCUUUGCACUUAUUGCAACCAAAAAUUCAAUGAUGUUGAACUGUGUCCUAAAUAUCUUAGUUGCAAACACUAUUUCUGCUUGCGUUGCAUAGAACAAAAAUUAUUGAAAGGACGUGAAUUAUUUUGUGCUCAUUGUUGGAAUAAGACUGACUUGGGUGAUCAAGGACCAGAUUCUUUGCCGACUUAUUCUCCACUUCUUACCCUAGCAAACAGCCUCCCUCAUUUAAGGAACAGUAAAUGCGUUGAAAAAGAAAGAAAGAGUGAAAAUUGUCACACUCAUGGGAUGCCUUUGGCUUUUUGGUGCACAACAUGUUGCAAGGCACUUUGCAGAGCAUGUGCAACGCCUCAAGAACAUCCGGGACAUCAGAUUAAGUCGCAAAUCGAUGCCAAAGAACAACUUGUAACUGAGGUCCAAUUGGAACUAGCCGCCAUGGGGAAGCUGUCCUUGGAUAUACAAAGACUGGCAUCGUAUCAACGAGCAUUCUUAAUGAAAGUACAGGAGGCAUGCAUUACUUUGAAGACAUAUGUGGAAACGGAUCUAAGUAAUGAUUGGAAUCAUAUGCCAGAACUAGCAGAUGCUCGUGAAAUUGUAGGAAAAGCAAAUGCCAGUUUGUCAAUUUAUGACAACCCUAGCGACGUUUAUAACUUACACUCUCAAUUAAUCGUCGAAAAGCAAAGGUUACAAACCAAGUACCAAGAUAUGAUGUACCAAUGUCAACUGGACGAUUUGAUAGGAAAUUCCGAAGUUGUUUUCAACUUUGAAACCUUAAAACAAGCGCUGGAUAGUAUACAAGCUAGAGAAUCGAUCGUUUCUCAAACAUUUAGUAUUGGUACUAGAUUAGCCAAUCAUGUCAUUAAUUCGCAGAAUGCUACACUGUUCCUUGCAAAUUAUUGUAUGUCGCAAUUGUACACGAGACAUUAUUAUAUUAUUAAGCAACAAAUGCAAAAUGGUUCGAUUGAGUAUCACCCAAGUAUGAUGGGCCCGCAACAAGCUCCACCUGGAUCAGUUCACGUUCAUCAAGGUCCUCCUCCGCCGUCUCAAAACAAUCAACAGCAGCAGUCACAAUCUCAACAGCAGCUUUUAAUCCCACCUGGUUCGCCGUCCGUGAAACCCGUUCCAUCUGCACCACAAAAUGCUAUGUUGCAUCCGCAACAACAAUCAACGUUUAUGCCAGAAGCAGUUGGCGCUAGCGGGACAAGUUUGGUAACCGUCCAUUCAUCUCCCCAACCACCGUCCACGGGAAUGGCGGCGUCUCUUCGUGGCCCAUCCAACCCUUAUCCGCUAUAUUUUUUUAAUAUCGAGGUCAAUGGAACUCCUCACGGCCGUAUAGUUAUCGAAGUUAGACCAGAUGUUGCGCCAAAGAUGGCAAAGAAUUUUAGUAUGUUAGCAACCGGCGAAGCUGGACUUGGUUACAAGGGUUGUACCAUAUUCCAAUGCUGGGAAGGAGAGUCCGUAAUAACGGGAGACUUCGAGCUUAACAAUGGCCGAGGAGGAAGGAGCAUAUUCGAAGAUGGCUACUUUAUGCCGGAUGACACUAAAUUCCCAGCAAUCAGAGGUACCGUAGGAAUGAGAAGAACGCAGAAACGUCACGACAACUUUGGUAUGGUUGGAUCACAAUUUCGAAUCAUACUACAUGAAAUGCGAGGAUUUACGGGAAUCUUCGGUCAUGUCGUGGAAGGUCUUGAAUUAGUUGAAAAGAUAUCAACGUUUGGUGAUACAGCUGGCAAGCCUACUAAGAAUAUUCUAAUUACGAACUGUGGUAAAUUGUAACGGCUUCUCCAUUACGUUUGGUACUGAAGGGUAACGAAUACCUAAUCAUACCUUACGUUCUUUCCCGUUCUAGAUAAACUAAAGGGAGAAUGUUGCGACAGUGUCACUAAGAGAAAACCAAAAAAAGCAAACAAAACACGGGCUUCUUAUGCAUAUUGAUUUUUUUUUGUCUGGUUUGGGUUGGGGUCUGUAUUUGUCUUAUCGAGAAUAAUAUGUAUGGGGUAUAACAUACGUAAUAUCUAACGGAAAGAUAUUAUGUCUCCAUACGUAAAUUCUCAUUGGAGGACAUCGUCGCAACAAAUAGUUCCAAACAAACUGAAAUGCUUCUAAUGAAAUCAUAACUUAAUUAACUAUUUACAAUAGAAUCUAAAGAUGUUGAAUAAUCUAUUUUUAAACGUGGACGCGUUAGAGAAGAUUGAAGCUGCUACUACUAAAAAAUGAUGAUGAUAAUGAUAAAAAAAAAGAUAAAAGAAAGAUUAAAAAAAAGAAGAAAAAAUAAAUAUCCAUAUUUUGCUAUUGAUUGAGAAUCACGAAGAUUCUAUGUCUACAAUAACGACGUUGUUCGAAACAUACGUACCUCAGAUCGAUCGUGAUAUCGAUCGACUUCUAGUUGUACGGUAUUUGUUUUAGAAGAGUUCAUCAUUUAUUUUUGGCUAUAAGCAUAUAUUGCUAUUACGUAUAGUUUAUAGAGCGCGUGUCGCACGUUAAGGGGUGAAAAAAGUCACGAGGUAGAAAUAUAAUUGGAAGAAAAAAAGAAGAAGAUGAAGAAGAAGAAGAAGAAGAAGAAGAAGAAGAAGAAGAAGAAGAAGAAGAAGAAGAAGAAGAAACAUAAGAGAGAACGUGACAGCGAAAUUUCAGCGUGCGCUUCUAAUGUCUUAGGUCGUAGUUAGAAAAAAAUCGUAUAAAAACGUGUGAAUGGGAAAUAACUAUAAAAUCUGAUGAUCUUUUUUUCUCUUUUUUUUUGGAGAGGGGGAAUCUAUUUUUAUGUUUCCUUGGAUGCGGACACGUGUUCUACGUGUGUAUAUUUUCUGUGUACGUGCACACGUAACACGUAAAUAAAAAAGAAAGCACAUUAAAGUCGGGGUUUAUAAAAUAAGGGUCGAAAGACGCGCUUAUAUUCGAAUUAUCUGGUAACUGUGAUUCCAUACGCUGGAUCGUUUUAGAAAUAAAAAACAGAAAAAAAAUAAUAAUAAUAACAAAAAAAAAAAAAAGAAGAAACUACCGAACGAUAUGUAGCCAAGUAAGAAGACUAUUCCGUUUAGUCGUCUUAUAUACGAUCGCGUAUCGUUCCAUUCCGAAAGGAAGAGAAAGAAGCCAAAAGGGAAAACAAAGUAACCUAAAGAAAUUGAUGUCUAAUGUAUACGUUUUUCCUCAGGUAAGUGAACAAUAUUACAAACAAACAAAGAAAUUUCGUCAGGUCUCAUUGAAAAAUGUGUUCUAAAUAUUUAUUCCCUUUUUGCUCUUUCUAUCGACUAAUUUAAGUCAUCGUAAAUUAAGGUGUAUUUAAGUUUAGAUCUCAAAAUGAAAAUGUAUACAAGGCCUAACUACUACUAUGUAGACCGUAAGCCUCAUCGUCUGAUGCAAAAGACAAAACGAACGGAAUUUAAUGGAUACAUACGUACAAACACACAGCCAUGCAUACGUAUACACGUAUACAUUCGAUUAUACACACACGCACGCACACAUAAAUACAUACACAAAAUAAUAUACACGUUAAACGAAAUCAUUCCUCGAUACUGUAUAUCGAAGUAUUACGAUAAUGUAAUGCGUUAUAGUAUUCGUUUAAAACCCCACGUAAAAAAGAAAAAAGAAAAAAGCCCCAUCGUUAUACAUUGUACUAUCUUGUGUACAACGCGUGCGAGCGACGCGUUUCUAAAGAAAAAAAAAUAUAUAUAUGAAGAAGAAAGUGUAAGAAUGAAAUGUGCGACUUCAAAACAAAAAAAUGGCCAAGGCACAUUAAUCUCACACGUAUGUAGGUAUAUACAUAUAUGCACGCCUUCGUCGUCGCGGUUGCCUUUUUUGAAGAGAGCCUCAUUCGAUGUUGAACUUGAAAGUUUUAACACUUGUUGAUUAGCUGAAUAAUGCGUCGCGUGCGAUAGAAACGCAUCAUCGCGGCGACGAACGAAAUGUAAGAAUUACCGUUUUAGAAUAAUUACAUGAAAAAAA